UAUUCAGGAACGGGAAACCCCAGCAAACAGUUUAAAAAAUUCAAAUGAACUACGGAAUAAACGAGCAAUAUUUACUACGUAAUUGCAACUAAUGUAGCAAGUUAAAUGGCAGUAAACUAAUUACGAUCCCUGGCCUGGUUCAACAUAAUUUUCAUUGCAUUUUUUUCAGCCUUUUCCCGAGACUGCUUUUCCACUCCUUGCAGGCUUCUGCUCCUUGUGACUCCUUGCUAGCUCCUUUCUUGUGGUAAAUUAACUUGAAUGCCGCAAUGUAUUUACCGGUACUCGAGGCAAGGGAAAAACAACAAAAAGUAUGGCGAAAGGAGCUAAAAAAACAAUGAAAAGGCAUCGCCAAAUGGAAAGGGUUAAAGAGCAAACAAAUCCGACAAGCCGGCGAAAAUGCUGCAGGAAAGAAACGCAUUAGAAGCAGCAGGAUUGAAUAAUACUCAUGGUGGAAUCCUAAUAAAUAUUUAUAUUUGUUUACUUUCCGUGAAACCGAGUCCCGUGCCACCGCUAACACCACCGCCACCACCCAUUGCAAACUCGGCUAAGACAUUAAAGGAAAAUGUGUUUUUUCAUUACGACUGGCAAGUGCGCUUUGUAGUGGAUCUCGGAGUGUUCUUGUCUGCCUUGAGUGCACUUCUCCGACGCUCUGGCACUGGAGCCCUCCUUUGGCACCCAAGCCUUUCCCAUCCUAGACUUUCCCUUCGUUUCCAAACGUUUGUUGGAGCCCUAGACGUAGGGGAAUUUCUCAUAACGCCAUGGCAAAAGGCACUGACGAAGAUGACUUGGGAUCCUGCUCGCAAAUGAAGCGCAAUUAAAAUGUAAUUUUUAUGCAAAUUCCGUGCAUAAGUGAACUUUUAAUUAAUUCAGCUCGAAAAUAAAU